AUGAGCUCAACUCCUGGAAACCUCAAGGCAACUCUGGCAGGAAGAACAAAAGCAAGAAGAAGGCUCAGGUCGACGCGCGGAUGUGACCCUAAAGCUGGAAGAAGCUUUAGCAAUGGCGGAGAGGGAGGAGGGCGCAGAGCGCUCAAGUGUUCGAAGGUGGUCUCAGCCAAAUUGGAGACACUGAAGAAUCUCAUUCCAAACGGGAAGAGUAGUAGUGCUAGUGCGGUGCAGGCCGACAAGUUGUUCCAAGACACAGCGGAAUACAUCCUUCUGUUGCGAACGCAGGUGGUGGUUUUGCAGAAACUCAUUGAGGUUUAUGGAUCUAGUGGUACCGAGAAAGAAGAUAAUACUAAUGCUGCUGUAUUAUAG